ACUUUCGUCUAGAAUUUUAAAAAUGGCGGUUUGUGUUGCUGUAAUAUCAAAAGAGAACUCGCCAUUGUUUAUAAAAACAAACUCGAAUGAAAAUGAGUUAAAUUUUCAUUUCACAGUUCAUACAUCAUUAGACGUUGUUGAAGAAAAAAUAUCCCCUGGAGCAGGUGCUAAUAAAAAUAAUGAUACAAGAGAGUUAUAUCUUGGUUUAUUAUAUCCUACAGAAGAUUAUCGAGUGUAUGGCUAUGUCACAAAUACUAAAAUAAAAUUUGUAAUUGUUGUCGAAUCUUCAAAUACAACUUUAAGAGACAACGAAAUUAGAUCUAUGUUUAGGAAAUUACAUUCUGCUUAUGUAGACAUGGUUUGUAAUCCUUUCUACGAACCAGGGCAAACAAUUAAUUCAAAGUCGUUCGAUACAAUUGUGAAGUCAAUGAUGAUACAAGAAAUGUAA